CCCCUGCCUCUCUCUGACUUCUCCUCUCCUCCCCUCCCCUCCCCUCCAGCAAGUUUUGUUAUUUUCUUUCACAUGCAACAGCAACAGCAACAGCAACAGCAACUCUAUUCCUAAAUCCUGCUCUCCUCUUCCCUAUUUCUUUCUUCGCAAUUUCUUGUUUGCUAAAGAUUUCGUAUGGAGGUUCAGGUGAAGCAAGAGAUCCUAGAAACCCCCAACAGCGGGCUCGGACCGAAUCGACUCACAACCGGAGUUGCGAGGUUUCCACCACCUGAUGUGAUCGUGCUCAGCAGCAGCGACUCGGACUCCGACGCCGAAGAGGCUUCCGCCGGUGGCCGCCACAAUGCCGACGGAGGGUUAGGAGGAUCGGAGCACAAAAGGAGGAAGUUGAACGGGUUGGGGGUCACUAAGCCGGACAACCUCUUGGCUCCGCUUCCGCCGGGGGCCGAUGUAGCUUCCCAGGCUUUGACCGUCGUUCGCCCCGUCGAGUCGAGAGAAAACGGGAGUGUGAUGGUUAAUGGUCAUAACUGUAAGCAGUUUUGGAAAGCCGGUGAUUACGAGGGCGAUUCCGUUGCUGCUUGGGAUGUCCCUUCUGGUGGCAUGGAUCAUGUCAGGGUUCAUCCAAAGUUCUUACAUUCCAAUGCAACCAGCCACAAAUGGGCUCUUGGAGCCUUUGCAGAACUGAUGGACAAUGCAUUGGAUGAGGUCUGCAAUGGAGCAACGCUAGUGAAGGUAGACAUGAUGAAAAGCGGGAAAGAUGGGAGCAGAAUGCUACUGAUUGAGGAUGACGGUGGUGGGAUGGAUCCAGAUAAAAUGCGGAGGUGCAUGUCCUUAGGUUAUUCUGCUAAAAGCAAAGUGGAUAACGCCAUUGGCCAGUAUGGCAAUGGUUUCAAGACAAGUACCAUGAGGCUUGGUGCUGAUGUUAUUGUGUUUUCUCGUUGUUGUGGACAAAAUGGCAAAAGGCCAACCCAGAGCAUUGGUUUGCUAUCAUACACAUUCCUGAGGAAUACAGGAAAAGAGGACAUAGUAGUUCCAAUGCUUGACUAUGAAAGAGAAGGACAAGGGUGGAGCCGAAUUGCUCGACUUUCUGAUGUUGACUGGACUAGGAAUGUGGAAACAAUUCUUCAGUGGUCCCCGUUUCUUAGCGAGACGGAUCUUCUACGGGAGUUAGAUAUGUUGUCAGAUCAUGGGACGCGCAUAAUAAUCUACAAUCUCUGGGAGGAUGAUGAAGGAUUCUUGGAGCUUGAUUUUGAUGCUGAUCCUCAUGACAUACAACUUAGAGGGGUAAAUCGAGAGGAAAAAAACAUCCAAAUGGCCAAAGAGUUCCCCAACUCGCGCCAUUUUCUGACAUACAAGCAUUCGUUACGGAGUUAUGCUUCAAUUCUCUAUCUCAGAAUUCCUCCUGCCUUUCGGAUCAUCCUUCGUGGAAAAGAUGUUGAGCACCACAAUAUAGUAAAUGACAUGAUGAUGUCCCAGGAUGUGAUAUAUCGGCCACAGGCUCCUGUUGACGGGACAUCCAAGGAUCAUAGUAGUGUAAUAUAUCAUCUGUCGUAUCUUAAAAGUUCUGAUUUUGUUCGCCAGAUGACCGCUGCUGUUACAGUGGGAUUUGUCAAGGAUGCCAAGUAUCAUAUUGAUGUUCAAGGGUUCAAUGUCUAUCACAAGAAUCGACUUAUCAAGCCAUUUUGGAGGCUGUGGAAUGCUGCGGGAAGUGAUGGACGUGGAGUUAUUGGUGUUCUGGAAGCCAAUUUUGUUGAACCUGCCCAUGAUAAGCAAGGUUUUGAACGUACAACUGUUCUGUCACGGCUCGAGACUCGUCUAAUACAAAUGCAAAAGAAUUACUGGUGUUCAAACUGUCACAAAAUUGGCUAUGCUCCCAGACGUAACAAGAAAGGCUUAGGUGAAGAGAGAGCAUCUUUUUGGAGUUGGAAUCUCUUCUUCAGCUCCAGACCACAUGUAUUACUGCGUGUUAAUGCUAAAACAAACUUCUUCAUGGCCAGAAACAAUUUUUUCACACGAUCAAAGUUCUGGAGGAAAAGCACCAACAGAAAGACCGGGGAAAGUGCGAUAUGGAAAGCAAAAUGUUUCAAGGAAAGGAAACAACAGUAUCACAAAGUCUCCAGUUAAAUAUAGAAAAGGAUUUGAAUCUUCUGAACCAUCAUCUCCUUCUGAGGAUGCAAAUGAAAGUAACUUCCGCAGUUCUUCCCCUCUGAAAAAAGCAACUUCCAGCGCUCCUGCAAGUAAAACUUUACCGACAGAUGUGUUGGAUGGAAAUCGGCCAUCUGCACAUUUGGGACAUAGCAGAAUUCAUAAUGACUCCAGCCCAUCUGGGGAAUGUGUUCCACCAGUCAUACGUACCCAGUCAAAGGCAGAUGUUGUUAAUCUCGGUGAGGAUGGCCAUGUUUCAGCAGUCAACACAGAUACGAGUGACAGGCUAAAGCAAGAGAACCGUGUGCUGAAGGAAAGAUUAGAGAAGAGGGAGGCAGAACUUCGAUUGAUGAGUUUGAAGUGCCAGAAAUGCAGUGCUCUAAAGAUACAGUUGGAUCAAGCACAACAGAAGGUAGAAGACCUGAACAAGGAGCAGGAAAGUCUAAUUGACAUAUUCUCGGAGGAGAAGGAGCGGAGGGACAAGGAAGAGGAUAAUUUGAGAAAGAAGUUGAAGGAUGCAUCCAACACCAUACAAGAAUUGCUAGAUAAGGCGAGGCUCCUGGAGAAGAUGCAACCAAGCUCUAGCAAAGCAGGAAGGUAAUAGUUGCAAUGGCCCCGUGAAGGUAUGAAGAAAGGAAGAGUUUUGUACAGAUUUUGAGCAUCAGGAAAGGCAAGAGAGAUAGGUAGUAGGAUGAGCCGUGGGCAGUCUUGGGUCGGAAGUAAAUUUUGUUCAUAUUGUAUGCUUAAUUUACUGAAUUAAGCUUCUAGUUAGAAGAAGUGGCUGCACUGCAUUUUGAUGGCUGUAAAAGCCUGCAGAGAUGAGCCAUCGAACCUGGACUGGUGUCCCCAUUUUGGGUAUUUCGUUGGGACUGAGUUGGAAUUAAUCCACGUUACUGAAGUACAUAGCAAGCCCUGUGGGUCGAGUGCUAUUAAUCAAGAUUGUCAAACUCGUUUAUCCCUUUAUACCGGUUUGAAAGUAGGUUUAUGCAUUGGAAUCUCUGCCGCUUGUUGGGAA